AUGACUACAAAGUAUGAAUUACCCGAAGAAGCCGAUGUCAAACUACUGAGCAAUUUGGGAAAGGAAGUAGAAAUGAAGACCUUUAAAACAAACGUUCGACCGACUUUAAAGUAUGACGAAAAUCAUAGGCUGCUUAUCAAAAUUCUUUGCGUCGGUGACUAUACCGGGGGAGUGGGAAGAAAAGGGGUGUUUAUCAGCGAUUAUCUGCAAGUCACACCACCGGUGCAGACCAAUCAGUGUCCAGUACUCGGUUGCGCCAUACACUUAAAAACAAUAAAAUGGAAAAAAGGGGAUCAAGAUCACGAUCCAAUUACCAUCAAACUACAAUUUUGGGAGAUGGCUGAAUAUGAGCGCUAUAGAUCCGUGUUAAAUUCACAAGGUAGGAACAGUCAUGGGGCAUUAGUAUUCUGGGGUCCGGGCUAUUCAUCCUCACUGGAUGAAGCUCUGAAAUGGUUGAAAGACGUGAACAGAGCUUGUCCAUCAAUUCCGUGCGUUCUUGUCACGGACAACACUUCAAAUAAGCCUCUGUACGGUCCUGGCGAGAAAUUCGAGACUGAUAUGGCAUUUGAUCAGUUCUGGAAAGAUCACGGCUUUGCAGAUCAUUUUGAGAUUAAGGCCCGUGACUGGAAUUCUGGUGAAAAUAGCGUAUUCGGACAAGCUGUCAACUGUCUUAUUGAGAAGAUUUUCGAUGAAAAAACUUGGAUGUAGUGGAAUUACGCAUACACAAUGCAAUUUACCUCUUUAUAACAACUGAAAUAGUGGAAUUAUUCUUGUACAUAACGAAACCUGAUGGCCUGGUGGUAAAGAUGCAGAGGUCGAAGCAUUGCCAUUACGUUGUUUCCCGGCAGACGAGAAACUUUACUCUUCUUCGAUUCUCUCCACCAAGUUUAAUACCCUGCGAUGUAAUAGCAUCCGAUCCCAUCAAGAGGGGGAUCAGCAAUACAUCCGGGCAUUUUAUGAUAAUGUGACCGGGAUAAACUUCGGCCAGUUGUGGGCCUCAUUAUCCCUAGGUUGGCCUUAGUUCUCCCCCCCCCGCCCGCACCUGGACCGAUCCCCUAAAGGGGCCCGUUCGAAAUAAGUGUUAGUACGAACACGCUUCGUUGCGAAAAAUGCCAAAAAAAAAAUUCAUUAAGAUAUGGAUGGUUUUGCAUUUUUCGUCAUUCGGAAAGUGACGGACUAACUCAUGUUGAAAUGGCCUAUCGCUACUGUUGUGAUGCACUUGUAUUCCAUAAAGUUCUUAUUCGAAAUUAAUAAAUAAUCAUCUUUAUUGAGGACACUUUUUCAUAAAAGAUAUGGUUUUCAAAAAGGAUCUCAAAACUAGAUAUAUAUUAUAAAAACAAAAAAAAGCUAUAAAAUUGCAAAGGGAUUAAAAAGAUACAAAAAAUGCAUAAAAAAAUAAAAAUAAGUAUAAGUAAAAAUUAAACGUAACUAGCUAUAUCAAAAACUUAAAAACAUUACGUUUAAAACUAUUUACAUUCCUUGAGUCUUUGAUCGUCUGACUGAGGGAGUUAAAAUCGGAAACGGCAUGCUAUUAGAGAGUUUUAGAUCCGAGUUUACCGCGAACCUCUAACCGCUGAAGGUCACGUGACAAGUCUUUCGCGUCACGUUUGAGGUUUACGACGUGCGUUUUCAACGUGGGGAGGUAGGUUUUCACGUAGGUCAUUUACCUGAAAGCUUUUAGCGUAUACAUCUUGUUUUAUCUCACGUAAUGAUACAAAAAUCUUGUGGAGCAAGUCUUUAUCCAUUAACAGAGGCACAAAUUCGGGCCAAAUCCUAAAUUUGAUAAAUCCUAUUGGAUCUUGAAAACAAGUUCCGUUCAUGGCGGCUGAUUCAAAAUGGCGGCAGUAAAUUUGCAAGAAGAACUCUAGCUAAUGUAAGAAUUUACAGCUCUUUGCUGCUAGAUAACCAAGUGUUAUUCUAAAUUUCUUUUAUUUUCACUGAUUGAUAUUUCUUCUAUUUCUAAAUGGAAAAAUAAACCAGAAUCCCCUUCUUUAAACCACCGCCAAUCUAAAUCGAAUUAUGUUUGAACUUCGAACCGCAAACGGGUAACCGCAAACCGCGGUUAGAGGUUCGCGGUAAACUCGGAUCUAAAACUCUCUAUUGUGUUCUUUGCUUCCCCCAAUUUCUUUUGACACGUGGUAAUCUAAAAUUGCCUUUGUUACGUGUAUUAUGCCUAUGAAGUACGUCUUGUCUAAUCAAGUCCAUAUCGAGAUUAAUUAGGCCAUUGAUGCAUUUGUAUACGUGUACACACCUUCUAUGAAAUCGCCUUUUCUCUAGAGGCAGCCACUUGAGAACGGCUAAUCCCUCAGUGGAGGAUGAGUACAAUGGUCUAUUUAAAAUAACUUUAGCGGCCUUAUUUUGCAAAACUUGCAAACUAGACAUAAGGGUAAUAUUUUGUUUAUCGCCCCAAUACUAGAUCAGCAUAUUCAAAAAGGGGCAUAACAAGACUUUUAUAAAAAAGUAGACGAGCCCUGAAAGGCAAUAAAUGCUUUAUACGCUUGAGAAGCCCAAGCCUCUGAUUGAUUUUCCCAGUUAGGUGUUCAAUAUGAUCAGUCCAUGUGAAAUCCGAAGAUAUAUGUAUACCGAGGUAUUUAAAGCUGCGAACAUUACUUAUACUAUGAUCUAAAAUUGAAAUAGUAAAAUUAAGGUGUGAAUUAGUUAACGCUUGCAAAAUUAAUAGUGUAACUUGGUGGUUUAAAGCAAACUCCAACCAGAGAUCUCUAGUUCUGCAAGUUAUAGCUGAAUUUGGUAUAUUUUCGUUUUAAAAUUAUCUGUUUCGGCACUAUAUACGGUCAAGGAAAUACUUUUUUUCCAGAAUCUAUUAAAUUCCCGGCGACGGUGACUCACCGUAAGCCCUAUGUCGCGGCAUUUUCCUCCUUAGAAAGGAAGGCAUUGAAAUCAUUGAAGCUUUCAAGACUCACAAAUCAAAUUUAUUAAAGCCAGUUAACAGUGUAAAUUGAUUUACUGUAGUUAAUAAGCAUCUUUAAGUAAGGGAAAUAAAAUAAAAACUACCUCACAUCCCUAAAGGCUUAUUUUCUUAACUUUUGAAAUAUGUUGUAUUUUGUUGGUAAAAUCCAUGGAAAAAGUCAUUUUAAUUGACACAGUAAAAACCCAACCACCUCACACCUCCUGCCUCUCUACCCCUGACUCCUCACUCAAGUCCCUAGUGGUCAUGCGCAGCAGAGCUUUGGGGUCGCGACUGUCGAGUCACGCAGUAGUCACCAGUGUUUAAACCUCAAGCGUAGACGCUUCACCCUUGUCUAGCAGACCGGAGGAAGUCGUCAAUCGAAAAAGGAGAUCGAAAAGGACAAUUUACACUCCGUGGUGUAGUAUAUGUUUUAAAUUUGUGAACAACAAGGUUGAAGUCGUAGUUGCCUCGAGGACGCAUUUCAAAUCGCUCAAGGUGAUCUUAAAGGCCGGAAGUACAUGAACGUAUGCGGAAAUCGAGCGAAUAUAUAGAAUUUCUGCUUUAAUAUACCAUGGCUACAAAGUAUGAAUUACCCGAAGAAGCUGAUGUCAACCUACUGAGCAAUUUGGGGAAGGAAGUGGAAAUGAAGACCUUUAAACAAACGUUCUCCCGACGUUAGAGUGUGACAAAGAUCAAGUGCUGAACAUAAAAAUUCUUUGCCUCGGAGACUAUACCGGGGGAGUGGGCAGAAAAGGGGUACUUAUAAAAGAUUAUCUGAAAGUCACACCACCGGUACCGACCCAUAUGAGACCACUAAUCGGUUGCGACUUUUACUUGAAAACAAUAAAAUGGGAAAAAGGCGGCGAUCACAAUCCAUGGCCAAUUACCAUCAAAUUACUUUUAUUUGAGGUGGCAGAACAAGAGCGCUUUACACGCAUGACAAAUUUGUAUUAUAGGGACAGUCAUGGGGCAUUAAUAUUCUGGGGUCCGGGCAAAUCAUCCUCACUGGAUGGAGCUCCGAAAUGGUUGAACGACGUGAACAGAGUUUGUCCAUCAACUCCGUGCGUUCUUGUCACGGACAACACUUCAAAUAAGCCUCUGUACGGUCCUGGCGAGAAAUUCGAGAGUGAGAUGGCAUUUGAUCAGUUCUGGAAAGAUCACGGGUUUGUCGGUCAUUUUGAGAUCAAGUCCCGUGACUGGGAAUCUGGUGAAAAUAGCGUUUUCGGACAAGCUGUCAACUGUCUUAUUGAGAAGAUUUUAACUGAACGAACU